AGCGUGGUCUCCAUGUUUGUUUAUCCCGAUAGCAUUAUUGUGCUCAAAUGUCCUGAUCGGAGUUGAUGUGUGCGUGAGGCUGCGAUUUCAUGAGAAACCGGUGAGAAGCGGGUUGAAAAUUCGCAGGAGCUUUCGCUCAUCGCUUUUGGAACGCCGCCAUCCGACAGCCAAGCUGUCGAUAGUCAGAACAGACAGAAGCGUGGAAAGUGUGGCACGUGUAUCGCAUCAUCCGGAGAGUAACAAAUCUCGGCGUGACAUAUGUUGGGAGCUUUCGUCUCGUUUAUUGGCGUUUAUUAUUGUGCAAUCAGCGAACAAGUGCCGACGACGACGACGACUACAACGACGACGGCUGUGCUAAGUGAAUACAAAUUAGUAGAACCAACUGUGAAAGCCAAGUCAGUUCCAUCCGCGAUCCGCGAGAAUUGCAGCGUUAAAAAUAGUCACUUCGGUCGUCGCCAGCCACAGUUGUCAGCGAAGAGACAAACUUAAUCGAAUUAAAUGUGUGAACCAAUUUAGGUUCAAUUUAGACGCGCCGCCUCUGCCUGUUACCGAACGGAGGAGUACGAAACAAUUGCAAAAGAUGACCGCCAUCGACAGUGAACUGUUGGGGCUUGCCUUCAUGGCGUUCUUCAUCAUCACAUUCUCCUCGACCGCCCGCUACUAUUUCAAGUUCGUCUGCUUCAUCGUCCUGUCGAUGGUUUGCGCCGUUGGACCGAUCCCGUUCAUGCUGCUCCGGCCACGGGACCAUCGCAAUGCACUGUUUCCGGCCUUUUGCUGUAGGAACUUCGGCAAGAUGCUGGGUGUGUCGUUCGACGUUCGAGGCAAGGAAAACAUCAACAAACAGCACGGUGGAGUGGUGCUAAUGAACCAUCAGAGUGCUUUGGAUCUUAUCGUGUUGGCUUACCUAUGGCCCAUCAUUGGACGGGCAACGGUGGUCGCCAAGCGGGAGGUUCUCUACUUGUUCCCAUUCGGAACGGCCACCUGGUUGUGGGGCACGCUUUUCAUCGAUCGGAAAAACCAGAAAGAGGCAAAAACAACAAUAAACAGGGAAGCGAAAGCCAUCAACGAAAAGCAGGCGAAAAUUUUAUUCUUUCCCGAGGGAACUCGUGGGCACGGCGACAGCCUGUUACCCUUCAAGAAAGGCUCCUUCCACGUUGCCGUCGAGUCGCAAGGUUUCAUUCAACCGGUGGUAAUAUCCAAGUAUCAUUUUCUAAAUUCCAAAGCGAAAAUUUUCAACAGAGGUCAGAACAUAAUUAAAAUACUGCCGGAAAUAUCCUGUUCCGGCAUGACCAAGGAGGACAUUCCCGCGCUGAUGGAUCGGGUCUACAAGCUGAUGCAGGCCGAGUACGAAGGGUUGAGUGAUGAAUCGUUGGCGAUAAACAACCUCAGCAAAAGUCUGUAGGUGGGCCGUCCGUUGUUGAAAGAAACCAAAGAACACCUGUCUAGUGGGUUAGUUUUGUACUUUUUACAAGCUUCGCUAUGCUUACCGGUGCAGUCUAGAAACAAGAAAACAAUAAAUGCGUGGAAACUGAGAGCUUUUUAAAACCUCCAAACACCCAUCGAGCUAUCGAAAUACAAAACAAUUCUACGGCAUGAAGGAAUAAAGACUGCUCAAGUAAUUAAUCUUCCCCGCCCACCCAUUAAAUAGUUACCUGAAGAAAAGCGCGAAAAGAGAUGGAGAGUGUUCGAACCUUUGUUUCAAUCGCACGAACGGCUCGGUUUCUAUAUAAUUUAUGGCAAACAAAACGAAUGCACAAAAAAAACUGUGGCUUAAAACAAUGAAAAGAACUGGUCAAGUUCCUCUAACUUAAUGCGCAAAGAAAUCCGUUGUUGACUGCUGAAUAAAUUUUAGAGAACAAAUCACCGAUAUUUGUAGAUAAAAGUAUCCUUCAACAUGGCAUCUGAAUAGUCCAAACGAAAUGAAAUUAAAUUGUAGUGAGAUUUUACGAACCAACCAAGAAGAACCUAAUUUAUGUACACAUUGUACGCAGUCUGUAAUAAUCAAUAAAAAACUU